AAUUAAAGUGGUCGUUCGCAGCGGACCGGGUGAGGUGACGGGAGAGGGCCGGGCGCUGAGCUCUGGCUGUUACCUGCUGUUGCCGGAAGACACCCGCGGCGGGGCAGCGCAGAUAAGCGAGGACUGACAGUGAGCAGUGCCUGGAGUAGUUGGGGGGAGGCCGCAGCUCCCAGCAUUCCCCGGGCCGCGCAGGCGCAGAACACGGCGAGCUCAGGAAGAGGAACAUAGGAAAACAGCAGCAGCAGUGAGGGGAAUAAGCCAGGGACUGCUGCCCGGGAGAGCCGGAGCACCGGAGGGGGCGUACAGACAGCAGCCCGGGCCCUCCUCCUCCUCCCCCCAGCAACACAGACCCGGGGCCGCACUGCCCCUGUCACACGGGAGACCCCCAUGCUGGCGCCCAUCACCGAGGCAGGAACAGUUGUACCGCGGCCAUGAACACUGGUCUGACCCCGAACCCCACCGCGGCGGCGGUGGUAGCGGCGGCCCCGCUGGGUCCCGUGGGGCUGCCCGGGGUGAAGCUGAAGUACUGCCGCUACUACGCCAAGGAUAAGACCUGCUUCUACGGGGAAGAGUGCCAGUUCCUGCACGAGGAGCCGCUGGGCAUCCACAGCAGCAGCAGCCUGGUCGGGUACCCGCCGCCCGUCAUGCCCAUCACCCCCGGGGGCAAGAAGGUGGAGCUGGGGGGUCUGGUGGACGGCCAGCGCCUAACCAUUCCUGGAAUAGAUGGAGGCGCUUUAUCCGAUACCAGCCUGACUGAUUCCUACUUCAGCACCAGUUUUAUUGGAAUGAAUGGGUUUGGAAGCCCUGCAGAAGCAAACUAUCCUCGGAUGCAGCGUAUGACAAACAGCAGCAGUUCCCCAAGCCUUCUGAAUGACAGUGCCAAGCCAUACACAGGCCAUGAUCCUUUAGGCUCUCCAGCCUCCAAUCUCUUUAAUGACUUUGCUGGCCUCAGCAUUUCUCAGAGGCGAAAGGCUCCAAAUCCUACUGCCAGCGAGUUUAUCCCCAAAGGAGGAUCCACGUCACGAUUGAGUAAUAUGUCCCAGCCCAACAUGUCUGCCUUCUCUCAAGCGUUAUUCUCCCAUCCAUCUAUGGGAGGUCCUGCUGCAGCUGGUCUUGCUCCAGGGAUGUCACUAUCAGCUGGGUCUUCACCACUUCAUUCUCCUAAAAUUACACCUCACACCUCUCCUGCUCCAAGGCGAAGAAGCCACACACCAAACCCAGCCACUUACAUGGUGCCCACUAGUGCCUCAACACCGGUGACCAAUUCCGUUUCCCAGCCGCCAUCUGCUGGACAGGUCAUUCAGAAAGAGACUGUAGGCGGAACCACCUACUUCUAUACCGACACCACUCCAGCGCCUCUCACAGGAAUGGUAUUCCCAAAUUAUCACCUUUACCCUCCUACCGCUCCUCAUGUUGCUUACAUGCAGCCAAAAGCAAAUGCACCUUCCUUCUUCAUGGCUGAUGAGCUCAGACAGGAGUUGAUAAAUCGGCAUUUAAUAACCAUGGCUCAGAUAGAUCAAGCAGAUAUGCCCGCUGUACCUGCGGAUGUGGAUAGCUACCACAGCCUCUUCCCCCUGGAACCUCUGCCACCUCCCAACCGAAUACACAAAUCCAGCAACUUCGGGUACAUCACAUCAUGCUACAAAGCUGUCAACAGUAAGGAUGACCUGACCUACUGCCUGCGGAGAGUUCAUGGCUUCCGUCUGGUAAACACAAAAUGCAUGUCCUUGGUUGACACGUGGAAAAAAAUCCAGCAUUCAAAUAUUGUUACCUUAAGGGAAAUGUUUACAACAAAAGCAUUUGGAGAGCAUUCCUUGGUUUUUGCAUACGAUUUCCAUGCUGGAGCGGAGACCAUGAUGAGCAGGCAUUUUAAUGAUCCCAGUGCAGAUGCUUAUUUUACUAAAAGAAAGUGGGGCCAACACGACGGUCCAUUGCCACGUCAACAUGCCGGAUUGCUACCAGAGUCCCUCAUUUGGGCUUACAUUGUCCAGUUGAGCUCAGCAUUACGAACCAUUCACACAGCUGGCCUUGCAUGUCGUGUAAUGGAUCCAACUAAGAUUCUCAUUACUGGCAAAACAAGGCUACAUGUCAACUGUGUUGGAAUAUUUGAUGUUUUAACGUAUGAUGGCAGUCAGAGUAACCCUAUGGCUUUAAUGCCCCAGUACCAGCAAGCAGACCUGAUCUCAUUAGGGAAAGUUGUACUGGCACUAUCCUGCAACUCUCUGGCGGGAAUUCAACGGGAGAAUCUGCAGAAAGCAAUGGAACUUGUGAACAUCAACUAUUCCUCGGACUUAAAAAAUCUCAUCUUAUACUUGCUGACAGACCAAAACCGUUUGCGUAGUGUAAACGACAUCAUGCCGAUGAUUGGUGCUAGGUUUUAUACUCAGUUGGAUGCUGCACAGAUGCGCAAUGAUGUCAUAGAGGAGGACCUUGCAAAGGAGGUGCAGAAUGGACGAUUGUUCAGGCUCCUGGCAAAGUUGGGAACAAUAAAUGAGAGACCAGAAUUCCAAAAAGACCCGACCUGGUCGGAGACGGGGGACAGAUAUUUGCUUAAACUCUUUAGGGAUCAUCUUUUCCAUCAGGUGACAGAGGCAGGAACUCCCUGGAUUGACCUCAGUCAUAUUGUAUCAUGUCUUAACAAGUUAGAUGCUGGCGUGCCAGAGAAAAUCAGCCUCAUUUCCAGAGAUGAGAAGAGCGUGCUUGUGGUAACGUACAGUGAUCUCAAACGCUGCUGUGAAAAUACGUUUCAAGAACUGAUUGCAGCCGCAAACGGACAGUUGUAGUAUUUGCUGAAAGCAUGCCGGACAUUGCUGAGGAAGUAAACCAAUAGCAAAUUGCACUACAGCUGAGUUGUCAUUGUCAUCUCAUUUCACAAUCGGGAAUCAACAGGAGAUGAGCAAAGCUGCUUGCACUUCAGUCAGGUACACUGUUACUUGAAGGGAAGAAUGGUAUUUUCAGUUAACACGAGCUAAGGCUGCCAAUGGAGGCUUUAUCUGUGAAGAAUUUUGUUUUAAAUCUAGGAACACCAUCAGGUGCAUGAUGUUCCGGUUUUAUUUUGUUCCACUUGUAUGCACUACUUUUAAUUUGAAGACUUUGACACUUAAGGGAAAAUGUUUUUUUUGUUUUUUUUUAAGAACCUUCUUUCAGGGGCACGGUGUCAUCAUCGAUAUUGCAAGUUGUGCAUAGCUUGUGUCCUGAUAGUGUAAAUGCACCAGAUAGUGAAAUAAUUCCAUAAAAACUUCAUUUUUUUUUUACCCUCCAUAGAAAUGUGCUGUAAGCAUACUGGUGUCACUAUCAACAGACUGGUUUGUGAAGGUGUAUAGGAGCAAGUGAAAGGAUCGUCCACUUUUACCAUUCAAAAGUAAUCAGUGUUUAACUAGGUCACAGUGCACGAUUACCUUCAACGAGCUGCAAUUUUUUUAUCUAUAAAAAAAAACAAAACAACAAAAAAAAAUAAAACACAACCAGCGCCUUUUGCAAAA